AUGUCAGACUCACCAACAACUCUAGAUGCGCUCAAGAAAGUACCCCUUGAUAAUCCUCGAUUACAGAUCCCUCGUCCCGCGUUUCAACGCGAGACUACCUCUACUCCCUCAGAAUGGCAAGCUUACACACCGAAGACUUCGCAUGGGUUCAUAGCCAUGCAUACCUCCACACCCGAGGACAUGCAUGAGAAUAGGAAUGCUGGAAAGCCUACAGCAGUCAAGGAUUACUUCUCAGUACCAAAACAGAAGCAUAAUCCUAUCCUUUCUCCUAACCCUGCGCCAUAUGAGCCGCAUGGCUUCUUGCCACUUUGUUCGGUUGCGGCCGUUGAAGUCGACGCGACCGAUUACUUUGGGCUCUCAGAAAGGACUAUUAAAAGUGACACCGGAGGUGCAAGCUGCGCUGCUCCGGAUAUGGCCAAGGAUGCCGAUUGUGACGGUGCUCCGCAGCCCGAUGGUCAUGUGCACACGAGCCGGCGCUCGCUGGCCGAGGUUGCGCGUCCACCAGCAGAGUAUAGCGAGCGCGAUGUCGCGCCUAAGCCAGAAGAAGAACAAGGUACCCAAAAGGAAACUGAGGUCGAAUUGCGCUGUGGCAGUGGCGAAGAGCUCAGCGACGAAGACAAAGAGACGGUCGAUCGUUCACCUGCAGGCGACAUGCCCGACCCGAGACACCAUCGACUAACAGUCGAAGCUAAUCCACCGCUCGCUUCAUCGCCCAUCGACAAAGCCCAAAAAGAUCAUACCGAAGAACGGAACCCUAUUUCGGCGCUCAAUAGAGCGCUCGACAGGAUGUUACGAGAAGUCGCAACCGUUUGUAACAUGGCAUUAGACAUGCACGUGGCUAGUAACGCUCCUCCCAGCACAGAACCCACGCUCGACAACACAGCGGACCGUGACGACGCCGAAACGACACCACAGUCGCCAACAGAUGGAUCUGAGGCUUCUGAGAGCGCUCAUGCGGCAUGA